UACCCUCCACGACUUACUGUUACACUAUGAGAUUAGGGUUAAAGCGAAAAAUAGGAUAGCCCUACAUGCAAAGGCGAGGUUAUAGCCUGUGGUCGGGGGAAUACAGUUGAAUGACAGAGGUUGGAAAAACAGGUUUGUAUUUGUGAAGAGGUCGUCGCUAGGGGAAGUUGGGACGUCUCUGGUUGGCGGCUGGAAUACCGAAGGUGUGUUUAUUUUCAGUCUUUUUAAGUUCGUGUCAUGUCGUUAACACCACUCGUACAUCGUUUCUACUGCAGGUCUUAACCCAAAACUGCUGUCGCAUCGCGACGAAUCUCAGAGUCUCUGUGACAAGUUUCUGAAGGUAUCGAAGGAGGACAGGCAAUUCAGAAGGGUUCUUUUUGCUUCUCAAGACAGUUGUUUAUCUAUGGCUUCUGGUUCAUCUCAAUCGUGUCCUAGUGGGAGUCUGGACGGGCAAGCGCUGGCUGAGAUGUUGCGCAAGCGUAAAAAGGAGUCCUCUACUGACGCUGCGUCAGCGUCGUCCAAGAAGGAUACAACGGUCGUCGUCCACUUGGACGACGAGUAUGAUGUCGCGUCCAAGACGCGCAAAACUGACUUCCUAGCUCCCCCAGACGAAAGCGGUCCUUCCUAUACUGUGACCGUCUCCAACGACUUCAUGUCGUUGGAGAGGUCCAUAUGGCCUGAGGCUGACAGGUUCCUUUUUUCUAGCGCAAUGGAGAGGAUCAAGGACCAUACUCUUCCUCGCAUGAUGUCAGACGAGCUAGAACUCCUAUUUCAGGUAUAUACCCUCGAUUUUCUUUUUCAUAUACUAUGCUCAUUAUGACAAUGACUUGUGACUCUCUAAAUGACGCGUAUCAUGUCUUUUUUAUGCAGUCUUCUCAACAUCUCCUAAUGGCUAAGAGGGAGAUCUCAUCUCUGCUGAAGGGUCACCUGACCAUGAAGCAGAGAAUGGAGAAGGCUGAAUUGGACGCGAAAUCCAAAAGCGAUGAGGUGGAGUCUUGCAAGAAGGCCAUGGAGGACAUGAAAAAAGCUUUACAGAAGAAUGGAGAGGAGCUGGAAGAGAAAAGGCAAAGGGCGACUAAGUUGGAGGAAUCUUCUCGUCAUGAAAUCACGACGCUCCAGGCGAGCGUUGACGCACAGAAGAAUGAGUUGGACAUGCUCGAGGCUGAAGUGACAACUAGGGUCAGGGCUAAGCUGAUGUACCAGUUUCUAAUGAAGAAGACGGCGUCGUGGACGCCACAGAAGGACAUUGACCUAUACCUCCAGUUCAUGGGGUCAAUGAAGGAUCUGAUGGACGAAGAGGACUUGGCUGCCACGGCGGACUCUUCAUCAAAAGUUGAUGAAAACGCCCCGUCUUGUGUCGGGUUCAUAACGUCGGAUGUACCCCCUGACCCCGAAACCGAGAAGGAGGCUCCAACUACUGUCUUACCAACUGAGGCGUCCGAGGAGAAGGAAGCUGAGGACGUCCCUGCCGUUUAAUUCCUAGGCCCUUUAUAUCAUCCCCCUCUUACUUAAACAUUAAUCAAACUUUUGUUAUAGGUCGCUCGAAAGAGUGACUGUUUGUACUGUACUUUUGGGUCACCCAUGGGGGUGACUAUAACUAUUUAUUGCUUUAAAC